ACAGCUGUCUGCUCUGCUUACUAAACCCUUGGUGAAACAGCAAGCCAGUCUUAGGCAAUGUGGGCCACAUCUGGGAACACUUCAUCGUUCACCAGGCACAGGACAUCUGACAACCCUUCAUACUCAAUCAAGCCAAGCACACCCCUCUCUGAUUUUCCCCUGUUCUUUCUGGACGAACGGCUUCCAUAGUUCUGUUGUAGUAGGCGGUCAAGUUUCGCAAGCGCUAUUGUUUCCAGAGCCAGCCGUUUCCUAAAUCGACGGCCCACGAAUCGCUUUUCCCUGGCUUCGGAUUGGUUCCAUUCACCCGCAUUUCACUUUCAAGGUCCUUAGAGAUCUCCAUUUACCUAGUUAUAGCUUACAAACAUCAUGAUGGACUCUCAGCGGCAUCGUCGCUCUCGCUGUCCGACGUCGCAUUCGUCGCACACACCCUCAUGGACGUCCCGGCAUUGCUGCUCGACGAAUCUUUUCGUCGCAUGCCUAGCCGUUUUGGUAGCUCUUCCUCGAAUAAAAGCACAAGCAGUCGCAGACAGUCAACGCCCGGCGCUGGCGGCGGUGAUGGAGGUGUGGGGCGCGGCUCUCAAUCUGAACGCCACGUGGUUCGUCGCGCCGACCUGCGCGCAAUGGCAGGGGCUCGCCUGCAACGCCAUGGGCCAAGUCACCUCCCUGGAGAUCUCCAACCGGCGGCGACUGGCGGGGCAGAGCAUACCGGCCGCUAUCACUCAGCUCUCCUCGCUGCAGCGCCUGAGUCUGGAUCACAAUCUCCUGGUGGGCAGUGUGCCGUCCAACAUCGGAUACCUCUCCGCCCUCUCUUCCCUGUCGCUGAGCGGCAACGCUCUUCAGGGCGCCAUCCCACAGUCCGUCUCUACGCUCGUCAAGCUGCGCGUCCUGGAUCUCAGCACCAACGGCUUGACCGGGCCCAUCCCCGACUCCUUUGCCCCUCUCACUCUCCUCAACACUCUGGCUCUCGGGUCCAACCAGCUCACCGGCCCUCUGCCCCCAUCGCUCUUUGGCCUCUCCAAUCUCCAGCACCUGUUGAUCGGCGGCAACCGCAUCUCCUCCGCUCUACCGGACUCCCUCGCCGGCCUCAGCUCCCUCCUUGCACUAGAUGUGAGUCGCAACUCCUUCUAUGGAAGGCUGCCUGCCGCGUUGGGCGCUCUGCCUUCGCUCGUCUUCCUGGACGUGAGCGAGAACCAGCUCAGCGGGGCGCCCAUUGCGUCCUUCGUGUCACCCGCCAUGGCCAACGCGUCCCUCGCAGCGCUCGACUUGUCCGGCAACUUCCUCACCACCAACGUCUCCUCCUUCUCCGCUAGGAGUGCUGCCAGCAGCCCAGCAGCCAGCUCUCCCACCAGCAACACCACCAUCCGUAGCAACACCACCACCGGAAGCAACACCACCACCACCAACACCACAACUCUGCUUUCCUUCUGUCCGUCGACUCUUCAAGGCGGGUACGCCUCAGCCAAUCUGCUCGUUUACGGUGUCUCCCCGUCCAGCAGCCAGCGCGGCAACUGCUUCCUGGGCGGCAACUGGAACCUCACUGAGAAUUUCGUCGACGACAAGCGCAAGGGCAACACGAACCCGGCAGCAGCAAGCAGCGGAGUAAGCACCAAAGCAGGAGCCCAGAGCGGCGGCAGCGCGAGUGCGGGCACGGGGUGCGCGGUGGGAGCGCAGCGGCGUGCCAUCGAGUGCGUGGCGUUCUGUGGCGCGGCGCUGCCGUCGGGCCCCUGUGGCGGCCUGGGCACGUGCUACCUGGCGUCCCCCUCCAACACCCCCACCUGCGCCUGCAACGCCGGCAUGUUGGCCGUGCAGCUCACUGUCAUCGUGGGGAGGAUUGCUGUCUCUUACCCGUCCUGCUCGCCGAACCCCGGCCCUGCUCCUCCUCCACCACCACCUGCAGCAGAUAACUCCACCCUGAGGAAAAGAGAAUCCCGAGGAGCCAACUUGGACCAGGCCGCAACAGUCUCCUCCACCUAUUUCAACCCCUACUUCCGCUACGCAUCGCUGGGCUUCAUCGGCACUCCCUCAACCCCCAAGUGGAACAUCACUCCCACCAUCGACUGGCGCACCCGCAUCCCCGCGGCACUCUCGCCGGCCAAAGAUAUGGGCUUCUGCUCGGCGUGCUGGAUCUUUGCGCCGGUGGCGGCGGUGGAGGCUGUGUACGCAAUCGUGUUUGGUGCAGUGGCGCCCAGCCUGGCGGAGCAGCGGGCUAUUGACUGCCAGGGCACCUGGACCUGCGCCGGGGGGCGCCCCGACGACGCCUUCAACUACAUCGCCGCCUCGGGCGGCCUCCCCAACUCCACCGCGUACCCCUACACGGCCGUUGCUAACAGCACCAUGUGCAAAGCAGGGCUCGCUCGGCGCGCCGUGCUUUCCCGCAGGCUCUCUCUCCACCAAUCCUACAACCCAGAGGCUGCGGCAGAGGCUGCUGCCAGUGAAGACAACAAUCCCCUGGUCUCCUCACCUUUCCCUGCCUCCUUCCCCUCUCUUGCUCGCACACUCUCGCGUCUCCUCAAGGCAAGACCCCGCAAGUCGAAGCUCGCCGUGACCGCACCAAAGAAGGAUGUGGCUAUCGUCCCGAUGCCGAGCACGGCAUACACAGUAUCGAUGUUUGAGCGCGUGGGUAUCAACGGGUGGCUUGGCCUCGCCAUUGCGGUGCAGCAGCAGCCCGUCGUCGUCUACAUCGAGGCGCGGGCGCUCUCCUUUGUCAGCUACUCUGGGGGCUUUGUCUAUUCAGACCCGAACUGCUAUUCCACGCGGCUGGUGGACCACCUGGUGCUGGUGGUGGGCUUUAACCUGCUGGACGCCACGCCCCACUGGAUCAUCCGCAACUCCUGGGGUCCCUCGUGGGGCGAGAAUGGCUACAUGAAGAUCGCCAUUGCGGGCGGCCCGGGCAUCUGCGGAAUGAACACGCUGCCGGGGCUCUACCCCUCCAUCGUCUCGCCCGACCCCUGCAAGCCCAUCAACCCCUGCGGGGGGGGCGUGUGCACCGCUAUCCCGGGCAACAAGAACCAGCGCAACAAGUGCACCUGCCCUGCCAACUUCGUCGCAGUUAUGAACGUUGACUUGACACAGUCAUGCGCCAUUGCCAAGGUGUGUGCGUUCUUCGCCAUGAAUCCGUGUGGCUUCGGCACAUGCGUUGACGACAACAAGGGCGGCUACUCUUGCCUCUGCUCGCCCGGCUACAUCCUCGGCGCGCUCACCGACGGCUCUGCCACGUGCAUCCCAGGUGCCUCGUCUGUGAAGGUGACGCUGCCAGCCGACAUGUCAUGCAACCAGAUCCGCUCCACAUUCUUGCUCUCCAAGGCCAACUUCACCAAGCUCAACCCCUCGCUCAAGUGUCCGGGCACGUACCCAGCAGGCACGGUGGUAGUGACCAAGAACUCCACAGUGAACGGAUCGGCAUGCAUCGUGCCGUACACCAUUGUGGCCGGAGACACUUGCGCCGGCAUCGCCACCAUUUUCAACCUCACCACUGCCGACCUUGCAGCUGUCAAUCCUGAGCUAGACUGCGCUGCUCUCGUCUCUGGACAGCUGAUCUGCAUAAAAUCUGGUACCCCUGAAGCGCAAGGCUGCUUGAGUUAUUACACGGUCAAUCCAGGGGAAACCUGCAGUGACGUCAUGGUCAACACAUAUCCACCAAUCUCUGCAGCGCAACUCUAUCAGUACAACCCUGGGAUUAUCUGCUCAGCGGAUUCUCAACGACUCAUCGGGCAAGAUGUUUGUGUGGAUGCAUCCCCCGUUGUUGGUGCACUAUAUUGUGCGUAUGGAUACUACACCGUGGUUUCUGGCGACACAUGCGGGGGUGUGGCGUGCAAAGUGUUCAGAUGCUCGUACUCGUUGAUGUACAAUUACAACCCGGGGUUCGUGUGCUCAUCAUCGACCCUGUAUGUAGGAAAGGUUCUCUGCAAGCCAAAGCCACUCUAAAUUAAUCGCUGAUGUAGAUGGAGGCCCCCAUUUUAUUAAUUCGUUUGUGCUA